AUGAAGAGGAAAAGCAGCAACAACGACGACGAUGAAUAUAUUCGUAAUAAAAUAAAAAAAUUGGAGCGCAGACUUUGGCAGAAGUCUCGCCGCCGCAUAAGAAUAACCGACUCGUCGGAUAAUGAUAGCAGCGGCGAAGACAGGUCCGUUUCGGCCGAUAUUGAACCACGUGCUUCACGUCGAGCCUCGGCGGGUCAAGGGUCACAACAGUCUGCUUCGCCAGUACCGGGGACAUCGCACAAGGAGCAAACAGCUGCAGCGCAACCCAGCCGAGAUCCUGUACGUCCAACAUCUCCUCAACCUGGCCCGUCGUCUGCACCAGAUCAGUAUGUACCCGCCGAGCCCGCAGACCCCCCGGAGCCCGCACCGUCCUCGCUCGAGGACAUAAAAUUAGACGAGGACGUCCUCAAUUUACUGGGCGAGGCCCCAAAAUUGGAUACACCUUUGGGAAAAGGUAUUCACAAAGACGUAGCUUGUAGAUGGCAGGAGGUAUUAAACAGGGGAUUACAAAAAGAAGUUAAGGACAAGUUAACUGAAGAAUACCUAAUACCUAACAAUUGUACUUUGUUAGUCCCUCCCAUUUUAAACCCUGAAGCAAAAGUAGCGUUGCCGGAUGCCUUGAUAAAAAGAGACACCUCAUUAAUGCUGAGACAAAAACAGAUAGCGUUAGCGUUGUCGGCACUCUCGCACGCUAUGGAUAUAGUAAUAAAACAAAAGUCUUCAGCGCCUGAUAUACUAAAACCUAUUAGCGACGCAUGUCGUAUUCUAUGCGAUUCUCAUUUUACAGAAACAAAAAUGAGAAGAAACUUUGUGAUUUCCGCUAUAAACACUGAUUUAAAGGAUACUCUAAUUAAUACAGAAAGGGACAAAUUUUUAUUUGGCGAGAACGUGUCUGAAAAACUGAAAGCUGCGCAGACUGUACAAAAAUCAGGAGAUACAUUAAAAAAUACACAAAAGUCAUACAAUCCAUUUAAUAAAGCAAAUUUUAUAAAGAAAAAUAGGUAUCAACAAAAUAAAGGGAAUUUAAACUACAACACCCCGUAUCGGAAGAUGACGAAUUACAACAGCAAGUCAGAUGCGGGGCGGCCUCGUGCAGCAGCGCGGCCCGCGCCGGCGCCCUCCAGCAGGUACAACACCCGCUACCGGGCCCGCGAGCGCCAGCGCGAGCGCUCGCGCACACCUCCUCGGAGAUACCAGCGGAGACAAUAGACCAUGAGGUAAAAUACGCCGGCCGCUUACAGCACUUCACUGAAUCCUGGUCAGACAUCACUGAUGAUCCUGUUAUUUUAUCGUGGACACAGGGUUAUAAGAUA